GGUGUUAGAUGAUUCAACGACAUCAGAAAUUCCAAUAUCGACCACUGAAUCAAUCACAUCUACAGAUUCAAACACAUCUACAGUCACAGAUUCGACAGUGACCACCUCAACAAUGGUGUUAGAUGAUUCAACGACAUCAGAAAUUCCAAUAUCGACCACUGAAUCAAUCACAUCUACAGAUUCAAACACAUCUACAGAAUCAAACACAUCUACAGUCACAGAUUCGACAGUGACCACCUCAACAACGGUGUUAGAUAAUUCAACGACAUCAGAAAUUCCAAUAUCGACGACUGAAUCAAUCACAUCUACAGAUUCAAACACAUCUACAGUCACAGAUUCGACAGUAAUCAUUUCAACAACGGUGUUAGAUGAUUCAACGACAUCAGAAACUUCAAUAUCAACCACUGAAUCAAUCACGUCUUCAGACUCAAACACUUCUACAGAUUUAAACACAUCUACAGUCACAGAUUCGACAGUGACCAUUUCAACAACGGUGUUAAAUGAUUCAACGACAUCAGAAAUUCCAAUAUCGACCACUGAAUCAAUCACAUCUACAGAUUCAAACACAUCUACAGUCACAGAUUCGACAGUGACCACCUCAACAACGGUGUUAGAUGAUUCAACGACAUCAGAAAUUCCAAUAUCGACCACUGAAUCAAUCACAUCUACAGAUUCAAACACAUCUACAGAUCACAGAUUCGACAGUUACUACAUCUCAACAAUGGUGUUAGAUGAUUCAACGACAUCAGAAAUUCCAAUAUCGACCACUGAAUCAAUCACAUCUACAGAUUCAAACACAUCUACAGUCACAGAUUCGACAGUGACCACCUCAACAACGGUAAUCAAUCACAUCUACAGAUUCAAACACAUCUACAGAUUCAAACACAUCUACAGUCACAGAUUCGACAGUGACCAUUCAACAACGGUGUUAGAUGAUUCAACGACAUCAGAAAUUCCAAUAUCGACCACUGAAUCAAUCACAUCUACAGAUUCAAACACAUCUACAGUCACAGAUUCGACAGUAACCAUUUCAACAACGGUGUUAGAUGAUUCAACGACAUCAGAAACUUCAAUAUCAACCACUGAAUCAAUCACGUCUUCAGACUCAAACACUUCUACAGAUUUAAACACAUCUACAGUCACAGAUUCGACAGUGACCAUUUCAACAACGGUGUUAGAUGAUUCAACGACAUCAGAAAUUCCAAUAUCGACCACUGAAUCAAUCACAUCUACAGAUUCAAACACAUCUACAGUCACAGAUUCGACAGUGACCAUCUCAACAACGGUGUUAGAUGAUUCAACGACAUCAGAAAUUUCAAUAUCGACCACUGAAUCAAUCACAUCUACAGAUUCAAACACAUCUACAAUCACAGAUUCGACAGUGACCAUCUCAACAAUGGUGUUAGAUGAUUCAAGGACAUCAGAAAUUCCAAUAUCGACCACUGAAUCAAUCACAUCUACAGAUUCAAACACAUCUACAGAUUCAAACACAUCUACAGUCACAGAUUCGACAGUGACCAUCUCAACAACGGUGUUAGAUGAUUCAACGACAUCAGAAAUUUCAAUAUCGACCACCGAAGCAAUCACGUCUACAGAUUCAAACACAUCUACAAUCACAGAUUCGACAGUGACCACCUCAACAAUGGUGUUAGAUGAUUCAAGGACAUCAGAAAUUCCAAUAUCGACCACUGAAUCAAUCACAUCUACAGAUUCAAACACAUCUACAGAUUCAAACACAUCUACAGUCACAGAUUCGACAGUGACCAUCUCAACAACGGUGUUAGAUGAUUCAACGACAUCAGAAAUUCCAAUAUCGACCACCGAAGCAAUCACGUCUACAGAUUCAAACACAUCUACAGAUUCAAACACAUCUACAGUCACAGAUUCGACAGUGACCAUCUCAACAACGGUGUUAGAUGAUUCAACGACAUCAGAAAUUUCAAUAUCGACCACUGAAUCAAUCACGUCUACAGAUUCAAACACAUCUACAAUCACAGAUUCGACAGUUACUACCUCAACAAUGGUGUUAGAUGAUUCAACGACAUCAGAAAUUUCAAUAUCGACCACUGAAGCAAUCACGUCUACAGAUUCAAACACAUCUACAAUCACAGAUUCGACAGUGACCACCUCAACAAUGGUAUUAGAUGAUUCAACGACAUCAGAAAUUUCAAUAUCGACCACUGAAUCAAUCACAUCUACAGAUUCAAACACAUUUACAGAAUCAAACACAUCUACAGUCACAGAUUCGACAGUUACCAUCUCAACAACGGUGUUAGAUGAUUCAACGAGAUCAGAAAUUUCAAUAUCGACCACUGAAUCAAUCACAUCUACAGAUUCAAACACAUCUACAAUCACAGAUUCGACAGUUACCACCUCAACAAUGGUGUUAGAUGAUUCAACGACAUCAGAAAUUCCAAUAUCGACCACUGAAUCAAUCACGUCUUCAGAUUCAAACACUUCUACAGAUUUAAACACAUCUACAGUCACAGAUUCGACAGUGACCAUUUCAACAACGGUGUUAGAUGUUUCAACGACAUCAGAAAUUUCAAUAUCAACCACCGAAUCAAUCACUCCUACAGAUUCAAACACAUCUACAGUCACAGAUUCGACAGUGACCAUCUCAACAACGGUGUUAGAUGAUUCAACGACAUCAGAAAUUCCAAUAUCGACCACUGAAUCAAUCACAUCUACAGAUUCAAACACAUCUACAGUCACAGAUUCGACAGUGACCAUCUCAACAACGGUGUUAGAUGAUUCAACGACAUCAGAAAUUCCAAUAUCGACCACCGAAUCAAUCACUCUACAGAUUCAAACACAUCUACAGUCACAGAUUCGACAGUGA